GAAGCGCCGAGGAAAACAGAGUCCCUCGCGACCGAAGGCCGUAAACUAGCAGUGCGAGAGAGCAGUGGUAAAAGUCAAUGUAAACUUCCGCACCACAAAUAUAUAGGAACCAGAAUUGAAAUUCUGUUACUCGAUUUGUAUCUGUGGACUGGGCGUGGAGGAAAUUGGCAGAUCGAAAGCUAUCGACGGCCUUAAGAGUUCGAUGACACUCCGUCAAAAAGAAUCAAGCUCGAGCCACAUACUGCGUGCAGAGCCCUCAUUAAUUAUGAUAAAUGACAUGUUCAUUUUGCGUUAAUUAAACAACAAAGGACCAAGCCACCAUACGCAGAUGGGGGCAUAAUCACACACAGACACAAAGGCGAAGGAAAAUUAUAUAUACUAUAGGCGCCGCAAACCAAGACCAAUAUCAUGUCAAAAUAUCAGAAGCUUGACAGCGCCAUGCCGCCCACUGCCCACGAAGAUGACUGCGAGGGGGGUUUCCCUCGGUAUUUUAAUGAUGAUCAUCAAGCCAAGAGUCGAAACCAAUACUACAAUCUCAGGAACAACGACGUGGAUAGCGGUGCAGUGACAGUCGAGACGAAUAUAGUCCGGAUUUUAGAAGAGCGAACGUGGGAGGUGCCUCUGCUGGGCGACAGCGAAGACAGUGAUAGCAACCAGCACUCCGAGCAUGGGCGAAUGGAAUUUAAUAUUGAGCUGCAGUGCCACAACCGUCAGCCAGGAUUCCGUGCUAGCCUCAAGAACAAAGCUGAACAGGAGGCCAAAUUCAAAAUUCUGCUCGCAGCCUUCCUUUGUUGCAUAUUCAUGGUCAUUGAAUUCCUUGGCGGCUACGUGGCCGGUAGUCUGGCCAUCAUGACGGAUGCCGCCCAUUUAGCAUCUGAUUGCAUUACUUUUAUCAUCGGCCUAGUCGCCAUUUCGGUGGGAGGGCGUCCACCAGACGAGCGCAUGUCUUUUGGUUACAAACGCUUUGAGGUCAUCGGAGCAGUGGCCUCUAUUUUGGGGAUUUGGUUCCUAACCACCUUCCUUGUGGUGGUGGCCGUUCAAAGGAUAUACUCCCAGGACUUUGAACUGGACGUCAAUAUGAUGAUAGCCAUGUCAGGCACAGGCAUUGCAAUAAAUAUCGUAAUGAUGUUCAUUUUGCAUGGCUCUUGGUUCGCAAGCGGCAAUAGACACGGUCACAGUCACGGAAAUGGACACCAGCAUAGUCACGGUCCUUCCCACAUCCAUACUGACACGUGUUCAGUUACGGCAGCUAGUAGUAAAAGCAUUAUAAAGAAUGAUGCAUUGAAGACGACUGAUAGUGCUCCAAGCAGGUCGACAAGCCCGCAACAAGCUCGUGAAGAGGAAAAUGUCAGCGUGCGAGCAGCCAUGAUACAUGUGGUUGGGGAUUUGGUGCAAAGCAUUGGAGUUUUUCUGGCUGCCGUCCUAAUCAAAUUUUGCCCAAGUGCCAAGUAUGCUGAUCCCCUCUGCACUCUUCUCUUCUCAAUUAUUGUAAUAAUGACGACGCUUCAGCUGUUUAGAGAGUCUUUGUACGUCCUUCUGAAUGCAGUUCCACAAAAGCUUAGUUUGCACACCCUGUAUUCCGAGCUGGCUAGUCUCGAGGGUGUCAGAUCUGUGCAUCACCUAAACGUAUGGCAGCAAACGACUCAGCUUACGGUAAUGAUGGUGCAUCUCGUCACAGACUCUCGAACAGACGGCAGUGCGGUGCUCCAGGCGGCCUCAGAGCUCGUAUCCGGCUCAAGAUACAACAUAGACCAUGCCACUAUUCAAAUCGAACAACAACUGCGCAGCCUUAAUAUAUAAUCAAUUUUUAGUGGAAUUACCUUAUAGCACUUUUUUGACCCACCAAAGAAAUCGAAGGAAUCUUGUGAUUUCAGCCACGUUUUAAUGAUAUGUCCCCUCGAUGGCUAUUUAAUUACUUAUAGUUUCAUACUUUGGUAUUUAUAUUUAUAAUCAGACUUAUUACUCCAAAUAAAAUAUUA